CAGCAAUACAAAAAAAACACUUUGGAGGAAGACCCCUUUGGUAAUAUAUCAUCACAACCACGCUUUUAGGAGAGUUUUCCCCAGCUUUAUAGCGCUUUUAAGUAUGGCCUCCAACGCUUUUAAGUUGCUCUCUGAAGCUUAAAACCGGGUCACCCCAAACAUAUUGCCCGGGUUACCCCAUUCAAAAUCAAAAUGGUAGAUUUUGGAACUCUUGCUGCUGUUCUUGUGUAGCCCUUUCUUCCUGCAGAGAAAUCCAAACCGCUUCAUUAGUCUCUUCUUAGUUCUCAGACAUUGAGUAUGCUGCUUCACAUUAAAUUUGAAAUGACUGUGGUUUUCAAUGUCAAGAGCCUGGAGAAAGUUCGAAUUGUUCCCAAAAGCCUGAUCGCUGCCCGUCUUUUGCAUCACUUGUCAUAUAUAAGGGCCGAAGAAAAGCACGGUUACAUCCUUGCAGUAACCAAAGUGGUGAAAAUGGGCAGAGGGAGGAAAGAGCCAUCAUCCCAAUACAUCCAUUUCCCUGUGACCUUUUGGUGUCGCACUUUCCUACCCAAGGACGGCGACAUAAUGAUUGGGACAGUCUAUUUCGUGACCACAAGUGGAGUGUUUCUAAAGUGUGGACCGAUGAGCCAUCUUUAUCUCUCAGCGCGAAAGAUGCCAAAUUACUCUUACGUUGAUGGAGAGAAGCCACAUUUCUUGAGCAAUGAUCACUCCAGAAUCGAAAAGGAUAUUGUGGUCCGGUUGAAGGUGUUUGCUGUUCGAUGGGUGCGCUCUGACAGCUGCAAGCAGUUCCAUAUUCUUGCCACCAUCGAUGAAUCUUCUCUCGGACCAAUUCAAACCGCAGGAUGUGAUGGUAUGGAUUUGGAAAAUCCCUGCCCGGAUUAAUGAGCCCCUUUAUAGAGGAUCUUUCUUUCGACAACUUUUGCUGGGAGUAAAUCUACAACUGAUCAGUAUACGAGUGUUUUUAGAGCUGGCUGCCUCUUCUCAUAUUGUGUAGUUUGUUAAUUUGUACGAGUAAUGCAGGAAAGUGAAAAAGCUGAUGUAAAGAGUACUUGAAAACCAUUUGUUAUCAAAAUUCAGACACACUCUUGUUCAAUGCAUUCACAAAAACUGUAUCAGAAUUAUUACAUAUUUAACAUCACUAGCUUUUGAUUUCCUUUUUCUUCUUUGAAUCUGUUUUCCUAAUUAUGAUAUAUCGUGUUCCUGUUCAUACAGUUAGCAAUAUUUGAAUUAACGACCUCUAAGAUGAAUAUAAUAUAUGGAGAUGAAUUCAACAGGUU